UAUGCCUAAAUCUCAUUCAUCAUCUUCUUCGGGGUCAUCCUCUUCAAGCGAAGAGAAGAAGAAAGUGAAAGAUAUUAAUUAAAGGAAGUCAAAGAGUUAAAAGUCAAGGGAGAGAUCAAAGGAAAAAUCAAAGGAUAGAAAAACUAAGGAGAAAACUAAGGAAAAGAAAGUGAAGAAUCUUCUUCUUGUUUAGAAUAUCUCAAGAAAUGUCACUUAAGAUAUUCUACAUGAAAUAUUCUCAACUUAUGGAAAGUUAACCAAUGUAGAAAUGUAGUUCGAUGAAUAAAAUAAUAUGCUUCCGCUUCUGUUUGCUUUUAUAACAUACAACGAUGAAGGCGAUGCUUCCCAAGCCACUUAAUACAUGCACAGAGCAAUUAUCGACGGAAAGAAGAUUAAAUGCUAAAGUCUUGGAUUAGAUAGAUAAAAGUAAUAUUAAAAUAUUAAAGUAGAUAUUAUACAGAGAAAAUUAAAAAAGAAAGAUUAGAUAAACUUAGGCAAAGAGAAAUCAAAAAGGAACGAGAUUUAAGAUAAAAGGAAGAACAUGCAAAAGCUAGGAUUAGAGAAGAUAAAUAGAAAAAUGAAAAUAAGGAAUUCGACAAAGAUAAGGAAAAAGAUAAAGAAAAGGAUGUCCAAAAAAAGGAUCAAGAAUAAUAACCAGAAUAAUAGAAAUAAAAAGAAAAAGAUACUAAUAAAGAUAAAGAAAGGGAAAAGGAAAGAAAAGAGAAAGAAAGAGAAAAAGAAAAGGAAAGAGAAAGAGAGAGGGAAAGAGAAAAGGAAAGAGAGAGAGAAAGAGAAAAAGAGAAAGAAAGAGAGAGGGAAAGGGAGAGAGAAAGAGAAAGAGAGAAAGAAAAAGAAAGGGAGAGAGAAAGGGAAAAAGAAAAGGAAAAAGAGAAGGAAAGAGAAAGAGAAAGAUAAAGAGAGAAAUAAAAACAAAAAGAAAAAAGAGAAAAGGAAAAGUAAGAAAGGAUUGAAAGGGAAAAAAAGAAGAAAUAGCAUUCAUCAAGAAGAAGAUCUUCAGACAGAUAUCAUAAAAGAUCAAGUUCAAGAAAGAGACAUGCAAAAAGAAGAUAUACUAAGAGAUCAAAAACACCUGUAAUAUUAAAGAUAUAUUAAAAUAGAAAAGAAAAUAAAAUAGGAGGGAAAGUACUUCAAGUUCAUCAUCUGAUUCUUCAUCCUCUUCAUCUUCUAGUGGAAGUUCUAGUAGCAGUAGUAGUAGUGGAUCUUCUUCUUCUUCGCAAUCAGAAGAUCAAAAAUAAACAAACUAAAACUAGAAAAAGACAUCUUCAAGUAGUUCUUCAAGUGACUCUGAUAGUUCAUCUUGA